GUUAUAGUGUAUGUAUUGCUGAAUUUAUUGUUAUGCAAUUGUGUAACAGUGGUGGGAGGAAUUUUGGAACUCCUUCAGUUCACGCAAUGGUAUACUUGUGCAGUAACGUACAGUGCAAAACAAAACACUGCACACUUCCUGAAAACAUCAUUCAGUCUGAGAACAGAAAUCCAGAGUCAGAACAAGUCAAAUCUAGUGGGAGAAGACUGCUCAUUUAGGUCUUUGAAAACAAAACAUAACAUAACAGUGCUGUGACAUCUCGCCAGACGUGACACCUUUAUCUGUUUUUCGUUGUAGUUGAUCAUAAGAAUUAGAUUUUUACAACUGAAAAAAGGGGAAACGAAAAAAUGCCUCCACCUCGUGCAAACAAGAAACCCAGGUAUGAAUUACCCACAAAAGACAACACGGGCACUCUCCACGACCCUUUGAAAUUCUUGAAUCAGGACUACCAGGAGCUGCGGAAGAGCUGCAUCACCAAUAAAAAGAGAUUUGAUGAUGACAAGUUCCCUCCAGACAGCAGCUCCAUUGACCCGAAGAAGAAACUUAAACUGGAUCUGGACCAAAUCAAAUGGUUGAGGCCAUCAGAAAUAGCAACAGACCCUCAGCUUAUUGUCCAGGGGGUUUCCAGGUUUGACUAUUCCCAAGGAUGUUAUUUAGGAAACUGCUGGUUUCUUGCUUCAGUUGGGGCUUUAACAUUUCAAAAGGACAUCAUGGACCAGGUCAUGCCAACUGACCAGUCAUUUGACAAAGAUUAUGCAGGGAUAUUUCACUUCAGAUUCUGGCGGUUUGGGAAAUGGAUCGAUGUUGUCAUUGAUGACAAACUUCCAACAAUCAAUGGCGAACUCAUUUUUGUUCUUUCAAAAACAUCUAAUGAGUUUUGGCCUGCCUUACUGGAGAAAGCGUAUGCCAAGGUGUGUGGCUCCUAUGCUGACAUGAAUGCUGGUCAAGUGUCUGAGGCUCUGCUAGACUUCACCGGUGGCGUCCAUGUGUGCUAUGAUCUACAAAAAGCAACUAUUGAUUUGUGGAGCAUGAUGGACCGUGCAGACAAAGCAAAGGCUCUGAUGGCCUGCAAUACCCAUAAGGGGGAAAAAUCUGAGAAUGUAUUACCUAAUGGUAUUGUUCAGGGCCAUGCAUAUACAGUGACGGGGGUUUUUAAGGUAACAUGCCAAGGAAAACCAGUGAGGCUGGUGAGAGUGUUGAAUCCGUGGGGAAUGGGCGAGUGGAAUGGUGCCUGGAGUGACAAUUCUUCACUGUGGGACAAAGUGAGUGAGAAGGAGAAAACCAGUUGUCGUUCUUUGGCCAAUGAUGGAGAGUUCUGGAUGUCAAUGGAGGACUUCACCAAAAACUUUGAAGACAUUGAUAUUUGCUGCCUCAGUCCUGAUUUCCUGGACAGCUCUUCUAAAUGCAGCUGGUCAACAACAUGCUACAAUGGCAGUUGGGAAUGUGGGUCUACAGCUGGUGGCUGCAGCAAUAAUAAAGACUCUUUCUGGACAAACCCUCAGUUUCGGGUGAGGAUUGAGAAGCUUGAUGAGGAAUGUGCUAGUGGCCAGUGUCUUGAAAACAUACUGGUGUCCCUCAUUCAGAUCCAUGAGAACAGAUACAGAAGUCUUGCUUCUAAUUACUCCAUCGGCUUCAGUGUUUAUCUGAUACCACCAUGGGUAAGUACAAUACAAUUCAAGCUCAAAAGUAUUAAACUCCACAAUCACAUUGGUUUUGCUUUGUAAGUAACUAAAUUGCUUGAUAUUUGUAAAAUAAACGGAUACUAUUUAAUUCUUCUUUAGAUGAAAGAUGAGAAGUUUCCUGCCAAUUUCUUCUACUUCAGACGUUCUGUGGAAGAUAGUGAAAACUUCAUCGAUGCAAGACAUGUGAUGAAAUUCUUCAAACUUGAACCAGGAGAGUAUCUCAUUGUACCAUCUACUUUCAAUCCUAACGAGUCUGCAAAGUUCAUGCUGUCCAUCUUCACAAAGGCUGAAUCCCACAGGAGUAAAAAGAAUCCUGGAUUGAUAUAUUUCUGAGUUUAUAAGUGUCUUGCUCAAAUAGCAAUGUAACAGCUCAUGGUCUGGUCACGCUUUGAACCUACUACCUUUACCAGUUUACCUAUAUAGAUUUUUCUCCUCUGUAACCACUCAAAUGGAUUUGGAGUAACCGAGCUAGUUGUACUCUUUUUCUUCUACAUCCCUCCUGUACUAUAUUUUGAUCAUCAGUGAGUUACCUUUGUUGUUUAUUUGUUAGGUUUUUGAUGUUCUGUCAUGCUGUAACUUUGUGUAUGAUUCAAAUCAGACAGUAACAUAAAGAAACCUUGCCAACAGCCAUUUCAGUAUGUAGCCAAUCAAAAGGUCAUGUUUACAAAA